GAGACAUCUCACCGCUACAGUGGACCUACCAUCUCUGCUUCUAGCUGUAAACAGGAACAUCGGUCUGACAAUUUGUGCAUCGUCUUACUUAACAACAGAAGAAGACCGCAGCGAGUCGUCGAAGAACCAUGGAAGACGACGUUCUAACCACCUUAAAAAUAUUGAUCAUCGGCGAAAGUGGCGUUGGCAAGUCGAGCUUGCUUUUAAGAUUCACAGAUGACACCUUUGACCCCGAGCAGUCGGCAACAAUAGGUGUCGACUUCAAAGUCAAGACCAUCACUGUGGACGGGAACAAGGCAAAGCUGGCCAUCUGGGACACUGCCGGUCAGGAACGCUUCCGCACCCUGACGCCCAGCUACUACCGUGGUGCUCAGGGGGUCAUUCUGGUCUACGACGUGACGCGCAGGGAAACCUUUGCCAAGCUGGACAACUGGCUGAACGAGCUGGAGACGUACUGCACGCGAAACGAGCUGGUGAAAAUGCUGGUCGGAAACAAAAUAGAUAAGGAAAACCACGAGCUAGACAGAUCUGUGGGCCUGAAGUUCGCAAGGAAACAUUCCAUGCUUUUUAUAGAAGCCAGUGCGAAGACCAGAGACGGAGUGCAGUGUGCGUUCGAGGAGCUGGUGGAGAAGAUCAUCCAGACACCAGGUUUGUGGCAGAGCGAGACUCACGGCAGAGGCGUGCAGCUCAGCGACGAGGAUGCAGGAGGCGGAUCCUGCGGCGGCUACUGCUCCCUGGUCUAGACCACACGCACGUGUUCACACAUCCCAACAUGAGCAAACGGCUUCAGACCCUUGAGCAUUCACGACGACAUGAAAGAUCUCCUCACCGGCCGAGGCGCUGCUGAGCGCUGCCGUCCACACACUUGACCCAUGUUUACACACACUCAACACGUUUGCACGCGGCGCUGGACCGGCUCGGCCUGCUCUCCUCUCAGAUGCUUUUCCUUUGCUGAAGUUUCUUAGAGAGAGAUUUAACAUGGAAGCAAACUUCAUUUCUACUUCAACUGUGAUGCGAUGAAUGCUGGCUGUUCCACCCCCGACCUGCGCAUGCCUGUUUCCCUCAUGCCUUUUUUAUUUUAGCAUCGCCCCUCCCAUGUCGCGUUUGCUGCUUAUCUCGCCGACAGGCCGAUCUACCCGAACCGCCUCCGUUGCAACACUCGGUUAAGAGUUUGUGACACGUCUUCGUUUUAACACCACUGCCUCAUUAGUCUGGGAUACACUACUUAAAUUGACUUUUUUAUUUUGGAAGGAGCAUAAAUCAAAGCGUGUGGCGAGCAGCAGGCUUUCCACUGCUGAAAAAAGGGAACAUCUUGAAUUGCAUGUCUGUUUUUUUGCGCUGCUUUAAUGAAGUGCCCCUUGCUGGCACGCUCUCGAUCUGAGAGGCAAUAUCGGAGGUAUCACGGCUGCGGUCGCUCACCUCGGAUCUUCUGGACCCGGGCGGGGACAACGGAAAGUGUUCAAUAUUAAACAGGACAGUGAGUCAUGUGGCUGCUUCUGCCGAGGAUGGAAAGUGAAAAGCAGAGGCUCUACAUGGCUAAUGGAUUUUACAGCACCCGUGUCACCGUGGAGCAGUGAAGCUCCUGCACCCGCGACCUUGUUGGUUGUGCCCAUGUGUUGCUGCGUGUUCUGAGAGCUGUAGUUCAAAAGAGGACGGAGAAGAAAAAGUUAUUUUUGCGUGUCCAAUUGCAUGAGUGCCAUUCUUUGUUUGUCCGAACAUCUUCUCUACAGGCUUUUACCUAUUAACUUAUGUUAAGCUGCAAAUGGAAAAACAGGUUUUAAGUGUUACCUUGAAAGGAGUCUCACUUUUACUUGACUAGUCUAGCUGUUAUCUUUCGACGACGAACCUUGUAAAUUGUGUGUAUUUUAGGAAUAAAGCGGGAGAAUUCAGGAACGAACUGUACAGCUGAAUGUAAACAUAUGACCUGCCCUCUAUAUUAAACUGAAUAAACCUCUUUUUUUCAAUGAAAACUGCUGCCCACGCUCGUCCAUAAUGAAGUUCUGUGUUUUCCACGAUUCGCG